AUGGGCAAGGCAUUUCUUGGGCCCCUGAGCCAGCUGAAGCUGACUGAUUUUGAGGAGAUACGAAGCUACCGAGCGCCACCGGAAUCUGUGAUCCGGGUGACCAAUGCACUGUGUGACCUGUUCCACCGUGAAAGAGGCUGGGCCAGUGCCAAGCAGCUGUUAUGCACCGAAGAUUUUUAUCAGGAGCUGGUGUUCUUCCCCAAGGAGAAGAUGACAGACUCAGAGAUAAUAAACUUACGCGCUAUCCUGAAGGCUCCAGGUAUGAGUGACGCAGCUUUGCGGGCAGUAAGCGCACCUGCAGCAAGCCUGGCCGCCUGGCUCUGGGCUGUUCUGCGCUACAGGCUGGCACAACUCCGAGGACUGCCCACGGGCCUGCUGCUGCGGCAGAUAGAGGCGACACUGGCUCGGGAGCAGGCACAACUGGCCAACUACCAGUUCCGGAUUAAGGAGACCCUGGAGCGCAAUCUGGCCCUGACUAAGCAGCUGGAAGCUAUCCAGGUUUCCCACGGCCAUCUGGCAGAGAGGUUCAGUUGGACUCAGACUGACCAGUCAUACCAGUGGCCCAUAAAGUCUGCAUUGCUUGCGCCCAUGCAUUCCUGGACUUCGGAGCUCCAGAACUUGAAUAGGCAGUGCCUGACCGUGUUUGGCGAUGCCCUCCUGUGUUCAGCUGCCAUCGUUUACCUGGGUCCCUUCCCACCGUUACGGCGCCAGGAGCUGCUGGCAAAGUGGCUGGCUCUGUGUAAGGGCUUUCAGGAGACUCUGGGCCCAGACGACGUGGCACAGGCCCUGAAGCAGAAUCAGAAACCUGUCAUCGUACCAUCAAAAAAGCCCCUGCUCCCCACGUGCUCGUCCUUCAGCCUUCUGUCCUUACUGAGCUCUGAAUCCGAACAGUUCCAGUGGGACCGAGACCUGAAGCCCCAGGCGAAGUCAGCUCGCCUGGCAGCCCUGCUUCUGCGAAGUCGCACCCACUACUUCAACUGCCGUUGGCCUCUGGUGCUUGACCCCAACAAGCAGGCCCUCAUGUGGCUGAACCCACUGCCUCAGGAACAUGCUAGAUUGCUGGCCCCAGGUCCCACGGAGGACAGAGGGAAGGGCGACAGAAGUCAAGAGUAUAAAGAGGAUGCAGAAGAGGAAGAUGACGACAGUGAAAAGAGUUCCAAGGCAGAGGAAAAUGGAAAGGAGGAGGUGAUAGACAAGGAAGAGAAGCAAGAAGAGCAAGAGAACAAGGAGGAUGAGGCAGAGAGCCAGCAGUCAAGGCCAGCCUCUGAGACCCAGUCUCCGCCCUUUCCCUACCUCAGUGUACUCUCAGGCUCUGACCCAGACCUGGGUCCUCAGCUCCUGGCGGCAGCUGCCAAAGGCCUGCCUGUGUUAUUGACCAAUAUGGAGCUGGGACUAAGGUGCCAAGAACUGCCAUGGCUACUGCAGCGGGAGCAGCUGAGCCCACCCCAGGUGCAGCCUGGCUUCUGUCUCUAUCUGAGCACCACCCUCCCCCUUGGUGCCUUGAAAAAAGUGCUAGGUUGUGAACUGCUGAAAGUGCUGAAUGUGCUGGAUCUGGGUCUGAACAUGGACAUCCUAGAAGAACAGAUGCUGCAUGAAAUCCUGUGCAUGGAGUGUCCCAAGUUCGAGAGCCGCUGGCAGAACCUCCAGAUGAGAACCUUGGAUACCCUCGAAGCUGUGGAGGCUGUUCAGGAGCGGCUCCUGCUGAGGCUGCUGUACAAGAACCCAAAUGAUCAUCUAGCCAAGUUCCUGCGGGGCAUGGUAAGGGACCAGGCAGAACUAUGUCAACUGCUUGCCUACCGCGAGGAGCUAGAAGACCUGAAGCUGCAGGAGAUGCUACAGUGGGCACCCUAUCAGCAGGUGGUCCAGCAUGGGAUAGCCAUUAUCAGGGCCCUUAGCCCACUGCAAGACCUGCUGCCACCUUUCCGUAUGAGCCCAGAGAACUGGCUGGCAGCCACCAAGCGGGCUCUGAACAGCAUGAAGCAGUGUGAGAACCAUCCGGGGAAGGACUUAAACAGCCAUCUGCUACAGCUGAAGGCACGGCUGACUCGCCAGCUGCUGUGCAGCAUGGUGGAUGCGCUGGGCCUGACCCACAUGCCCUUGGUAGGUGCCUUGGGUGCUCUGGCGCUGCUGUGUGAGACAAGGAAGGCACCACUUCUGGAGAGGCUGGCACUCUGGCCUGGACUGGAAGCCUCUCCCAGCAUGGGCUCUAGCAAGCCAAUCCCAGGUGUGGCUCGACCAGCCUGGCUCGGGAUGAGAGCCUGGCACGAAUGUGGAAUGUUAGAGCUGCUGCCCCCAUUUUCAGGGCUGCGUGUAUCCCUGGCAGGCCACUCCAGUGUUUGGCAGUCUUACCUGACCCUGUCAUCCACAGUGCUGGGGCCUGCACCUGGGCCUGAUCUACGCAGCCUCCUCCAAAAGCUGAUCCUGUGGCGUGUGCUGAAACCCGAGUGCCUUGCAGGUGCCCUGGCAGACUUCACCACCAGCCUCCUGGGCCGGCCCCUGGAUGAGAACCUGGGUCCUUCCACCAUACCCUUUGAACAGAGUCAGGCAACUCAGCCCCUGCUGGUCUUGUUGCCACCACCUGGUCACCCUACAGCCACUUUGCAUCCCCUGGCUGUCAUCCAGAAACUGGCUGACCAGCAUGAGCAGGGGCAGAAACAUCUGGAGGUGAUAGCCUUGGGCUCUGAGGCCUGGAACCCAGUCUCUGAUGUGGUCAGCACUCUAUGCCAGGCUAUGUACAAAGGGCACUGGCUGGUGCUGGAGAACUGUCACCUGAUGCCUCACUGGCCAAAAGAGCUGCUACAGCCCUUGCUGCGACUGCUGGAUGGAGCCGAGGUAGUCUCAGACCCGGAGUCAGAACUGCUUUUAGCCUCAUCUGCAAGCAGGAAUAUGGUUCACAAAGACUUCCGUCUUUGGCUCAUUGCAUCUGCAGAGUCUAUUGCUUCCUUACCAGCUGUGCUGACUCAUCACUGCAUGCCUGUUUUCUGGGAGCAGUCCCUGGAACUGAGCCAUGUCUUGCUUGACAAUGUGGAGCUAGCCCAACAAGAACUCUGUGUGCAACCCCUUGCCAGGACAAUGCCUCUGCUCAUCUUACAUGGCCUCCUACUACACAGGCAGCUCUAUGGAAUGAAGCUGCAGGCACACAGGGGCCACUGGAAUCAGGUGACCCUGACUCAGGUCCUUCAGAUGCAAGACCAGCUGUGGGCCAGCCUUAGCAAUCCCCAGGCUGCCAUGGAGGAGUUGGCUGCUUCAGUUUUCUACGGAGGUCCCGUGGGAGACAACAAGGACAGGGAGGCCCUGAUUAGCCUCAUACAUGCCUGCCUGAGCCCCAGCAGGUCGAGUUGGGACCAACCACACACCCCGCAGUAUCUGCUGGCCACUCUGAUACCCAGCCCAGAUCUAGAGGAGCUGGAUGCUUUGUCAGAAUGCAAGGCCCAGAUGCACCAACUGCCCACACCGCCCGAACCCAGGACCUGUGGACUGAGUGCUGGACCCCAGGCCUGGCUGUUGCGACGCCAGAGUCGCGCUCUCCUGCGUGCCCUGCAACGGUGUUCACUCAUUUGGGUGUCUGCGCCAGGUGGCUCCAGACACGCCAAAAGGCAAAGGCGGCUGCAGCAGCGCCUGGUUCUAGCCAAGCAGACACUGGAGUCGCUGCAGGCUCUGCUGACCCAGACCACUCACCAAGAGUCUGGUGCCACUGGUGCCGCCGGGUGGUUGAAGAUGGGGCUCAAUGCGGGGCAAGCUGUGGAGGGCUUCCUUCAGAUGGAAGUGCAGGAACUGAGCCAGCUGGUGAGCACGCUGCAGGAGGACCUCAGUUGCCUGUCACAACAGCUGGAAGGAGUACACACGUGCCUCUCCCAGCGCUGUGUAGCGGUGGCCAACGCUCUGUGGACUGGCCGCCUACCCCUGCCUUGGAGACGCUAUGCGCCUGCCUGGCUGCAGCCGCCCUGGCACUGGCUGAGACAGCUGUCGCGCCGUGGGGAGCAGCUAGUUCGCUACCUGGGCGUGGGCACUGCGGCACCAAAGCGCAUCUUUCACCUAUCAGCCUUUCGCCACCCACACCGCCUGCUGCUGUCACUGCGCUGGGAGGCCGCCUUUGCUACGGGCCCCCUUGACCACUACAUGCCCAGCUCGAAUGUGCCUGGCGCCGAAGGCCUCAGCUCUAGGCAUUUACCCCAAAAAUAUCAGGAGCUGAACAGCAGCCCUCUGCACCUUCAGGUGGUGAGCAGCCCAAAGCCCAUGGUUCCAGAGGCAGGAGCCGUGCUGCUGAUUGGGCUACAGCUCUGGAAUGCCCAGUGGGAUCCGCUAGCAGGAGCCUUGAAGGAUGGUCCCACCAGCCAGCCCAGUCCUCUGCCUCCAGUCAGUGUUAGCACCCAGGCCCGGGACACCAAUGACCUGCCACCCUUCACUGGCCUGCCUGUAUAUUCCUGUCCUGUGUACAUGGAAGGGCCCCUGGGCACUCCUAGCCUGAACAGCAAGAAUAUCCUGAUGUAUCUGCCCAUGCCCACGAAGCUCAGCCCCGCCAUCUGUGUUCAACGGAGAGUCCAUGUGUGCAGCCCACCCUUACCCUGA